CAGUUUUAUUGACUUCACGUGACAUGUUUCCCUUGCUUAUUCACAAUCACACACACAUGCCAUACACUAAGAUUUCCUCACCUCAACAAAACCUUGUAUAUAUAUCAUCCACAUUCCACAACCUACCAACAUUAAUAAAUUUCCACAAAAAUAACUAUUUCAUCACAUUUUCCAUUCUUAUCCAACAAAAACAUGUCUUCUCUCAUAUUCCUACUGUUCAUAUUUGUAUCUCACUCUCUUUCCCUUAACAAUGAACUUGACACUCUCAUGCUCAUCAAAGACUCUUUAGACCCAGAAAACCAUGUGUUACUCUCAUGGAAUAAUCAUUCUGACCCUUGUAGUGGAACUUUUGAUGGUGUAGCUUGUAACGAACAAGGUCUUGUUACUAAUAUAUCACUUCAAGGAAAAGGUUUAUCUGGUGAAAUACCCUCAGUGAUUGGUAAACUUAAGAGUUUAACUGGUCUUUACCUUCAUUUUAAUGCUCUUAAUGGUAUUUUGCCUAAGGAAAUUGCUGGUUUAACUCAGCUUAGUGACUUGUAUCUUAAUGUUAAUAAUCUCUCUGGUUUUAUCCCUCAUGAGAUUGGUAACAUGUCUAAUCUUCAAGUUUUGCAGCUUUGUCAUAACGAGCUUAAUGGAAGUAUACCUACCGAGCUUGGAAAAUUAAAGAGGCUAAGCGUUCUUGCGCUCCAAUAUAAUCACUUAAGUGGCGCAAUUCCUGCAAGCUUGGGUGAAUUGGAGACACUAGAAAGAUUGGAUCUCAGCUUCAAUACCCUUUUGGGUCCAAUUCCAGUAACAUUGGCUAAUGCACCUAAACUAGAGACUCUUGAUAUAAGAAAUAAUUCACUCUCUGGCAGUGUUCCUACAGAUCUGAAAAGACUAAAAGAAGGGUUCCAAUAUUUUAACAAUCAUGGUUUAUGUGGCACUGGAUUUGCACACUUAGAUUCUUGUCAAAUAGUUAGCAAUUCAGACCCAGUUAGACCUGAGCCAUAUGACCCAAGUAAUAUUUCCACAAUUGAAUUUCCGACAACACCUGAACCAACGUCUAAAAACUGUGGGAAUUCUGGUUGUAGAAGGCGGUCAGAUUCUUCGACGAUUGGUUUGGUUUUUGCGGUGAUUGGUGUUGUUAGUGUGUCUGCUUUAACUGGACUUUUUUUGAUCUUACGUCACCGUCGUCUGAAACAGAAAAUUGGAAACACAGUUGAAAUUUCAGAUAAUCGGCUUAGUACCGACAAGAUCAAGGAAGUAUACAGGAAAAAGGCCUCUCCGCUAAUAAAUUUGGAGUACUCAAGUGGAUGGGAUCCAUUAUCCAAAGAUCUUGGUAGUUAUUCGCAAGAAUUUCUCCAGAGCUUUAUGUUUAAUCUCGAAGAAGUAGACCGCGCGACUCAGUGCUUCUCAGAGAUGAAUUUAUUGGCGAAGAAUAAUAUUUCAUCUAACUAUAGAGGAAUCUUGCGAGAUGGAUCUAUUGUGGUUAUAAAGUGCAUUCCCAAAACAAGCUGCAAAUCUGACGAAACUGAAUUCUUGAAUGGUUUGAAGAUAUUAACUUCGUUAAAGCACGAAAAUCUUGUUCGGUUGAGAGGCUUUUGCUGUUCGAAAAGCCGAGGGGAAUGUUUUCUGGUUUAUGAUUUUGUCUCAAAUGGGCGUUUGUCAAAGUAUCUUGAUGUUCAGAGAGAAAGUGCUGAGGUACUUGAAUGGUCUACUAGAGUGUCCAUAAUUCAUGGCAUUGCCAAAGGUAUUUUUUAUCUGCAUGGAAAGAAAGGAAGGAAGCAUUCUCUAGUUCAUCAGAGUAUAUCGGCUGAAAAAGUACUUCUCGAUUCUCGAUACAAAUCCUUGCUUGCAGAUUCAGGAUUGCACAAACUCCUUGCAGAUGAUGUUGUUUUCUCCACCCUCAAAGCUAGUGCUGCUAUGGGGUACCUGGCACCAGAAUACACAACAACCGGUCGUUUCACCGAAAAGAGUGAUGUGUACGCUUUCGGGAUGAUUGUUUUCCAGAUUCUCACUGGAAAACACGAUAUCACUCAAUUAAGUCGUCAAUGUGUAGAAACUGGUACUUUGAAAGAUAUUAUUGAUGAGAAUCUUGAAGGGAAGUUCUUAGAAUCAGAGGCAGAGAAAUUGGCGAGACUCGCUUUGGUUUGCACCGAUGAAUCUCCUCAUCUCCGGCCGACUAUGGAGAAUGUAAUGCUUGAACUGAGUCAUAAAUGGUAAGCACUUCAUGACAAGAAGAAUGAUAUUUUAGUUUGCCUUUGGUUAUAAAAUAGUAUGUUUUCCUAGAGUCAAUUAUGUUUCAAAUUGUUUUGUAUUAAUAUUAAUAUAGUUGAGAACAUGUAGUGUUGAGGGAAAUCUAGUAUGUACAGAAGGAUGGUUUCAUUCCAAUUUUAGAAUGGGAGAUGAUAACUAUUAUUAUAUUAUAAAUAUUUUAUUUUCUAUUGUAUGAGGUUUUUUGGUGGAUAGGAA